AUGGACUUGGUGGAGGAGGAGGAGGAAUGCGCCGCCACCACCACGGCGGCGACCGACUACCAGUCACGGCGGAGAUUCUGCGAACGAGGCUGCGAGAGACCGGUAAACGUUUGCCUAUGCGGCGUGAUUCCGGAAACUCCUAUCCCAACCGUAACCAAAGUCUUAAUCUUGCACCACCCUCACGAGAAACGCCACAAGCUCGCCACCGUCCCCGUCCUCAAAAAAUGCCUUGAAAGCUGUGAAAUCAUAGUCGGGAGAAAGUUGCGAUACGGGGAUUCAAAGGUUCUCGAUUCUCUUUAUGACAUUGCAGCUCAAAACCCUGAUUCGCCUCCUCGCGCUAUUUAUCUGUUCCCAGGAAAAGAUGCAUCACCAUUAACAGAAAUAAAAAACUGGAAGUCAUCAUCGGAUGAUGAUAUCGACACGAGGCAUUUUGUGUUGAUUGUUUUCGACGGAACAUGGAAGCAUGCCAAGGAGAUGUUGCAAGCAAGUUCACUGUUUUUGUCCAAGUUUGCUGUUCAGGCGUGCUUAGAGUAUGACGAUAAAAUUGACGGUGGAACGAUAUAUGAAUCUGAUUUGACGCUUAGGAAGGAACCUUUCAGUGGGUGUAUGAGUACGAUGGAGGCUGUUGCACGAUGUUUACGGCUCCUGGAGCCUAAUGGAACUGAGGUAGAAUCUAGGUUGAUUGAAGUUUUGAGUACUAUGGUUAAAUUCCAGGCUUCUUAUUUGAUGAAGCCUAUAAAACAUAGACCUAGGUUACGGAAGAAAUCAAAAGAAGAUGCCGGGAAUAGUGUAGUUUAGCUUAUUGAGAGUUGCAGAUUGAGCAGUUGAAGCUGAAUCUGGAUAUUCUUAUGUAAUGCCUUCCCUUUGGUGCCCUAGCAGCAGCUAAGAUUGACCUUUUGAAAGGAUCUUAGUGAUGGAAUCCGAGAGUUGAUUGAAAUUGACAGUGUCUUAUCGGGACUGCCUCAGAGGUGGUAUUCAAGUCCAGUUUUGUUGAGUGAAUGUAUGGACACCUCGCCAAAUGAGAAAAGAACCUGAGGGAACUCAUGAGUGCAGGUCAUGGGUUCAUAUUCGUUAGAAUAGAUUAUGUAACUAAGUGAAUUGAAGGGCCUUACUCUGUCCUAAGUGUCAAUCUGACAGAAGAGCUGAUAGAUAAAUUCUAGAGGUUAGUUCGUAUAGAUUUAACAAUGUUACUGCACAUUAUUUACAUGUAGUUCUCUUGUAUUUCGGAACUUCCAGAGAUGAUUAAUUUGCUGUGUGUUCGAUUUAGACAUAAUGUAGAAUACAAGUACCAAAAAUUGGAACUCCUUUUUGGGUUCAAGCCAAUGAAUCAUUGUACAAUUUUUCCUUGUUGAUUUUGGUGGAAGCUUUACAGUCUAUUUUCAAUCAUGUAUGUAUGUACUUUUGUUUCUUACUUAUGCGCCAUGCCAUUAGUACACAAUAUUGCCACUUUGAGUCUAAAGGUUGUAAUAAUUUUGCUUCUUUUAUCCUUUUCGCAUCUGCGUAGGGCUCCGUUGGAUAUGGCUGUGUGAUUGAUGGGCAGAAAUGUAGGUGGACUGGUUCUUUUUUGUUGGAAAAAGAGGCAUGUAUUGCAGUUAUCAUGAAGUGGAGGGGUCACUUAUUUCCUUUAUGCUAGGCCUUCUUUUCAUAGUUACUCUGUACUUGUAGGGUUGAUCUCUAGUUUGGGUAUGUAAUAUGUAUAUUCACUUGUUUUCCUCUGGAGAAUCCUGAAGAAAAAUAUCAGGAUUCGGUUAAAUCAUUUACCCCAUAGCCAUAGGUAGUAAGCCUUAUGAAGAGUAAUGAUAUUAUGUGUAAGAAUAAAUUACUGGUAUUGAAAAGAAAGUUAUUACUAAUAUGAGUGAACUUGUAGGA